GGCGGCUUUCGAACCUAAACGCCUACUGUGCAAUUAGAGCACGGUAGACAGAGAGAGGAUGACAGAUAGAGAGAGAUUGGAAUAGCAAUAACAGGAAAUUCAGCCAGUGUUUUCCGAGUUGAUGUCCGCUAAAGCCGAUCGGUCGGAACGAGGACAGGAGUAGGCUAAUGCUUAAAAGAAAUAACAAAAUAUAUUUGAAAAAGUCACCGAAAGAAGUCAAUGCACGUUGAGAAUUAGGACAAAACACUGAGAAGAGGUGUAAACCGGUUGGCCAAUGGAUUCCCCUUCUGACCAUUUUGGCCAUCCGCCCUCCCAAAUCUGCCCCUAUCGCCUGUACAGCAGCCCCCCUGGGGCUACCCCCUCUGCCCCAAGCUACCCCAGCAGCAGCCCCCCUUCUUACCCCCUAAUCUCACGCCUCAUGCACUCCAGUGGCCCUCAGAACUGCGGCACGCACGCUCACCGCCCCGACGUGGACAGCAGCUUCGCGGAGUCCAGCUCUGACAGAGAGGAGGAAGAGGGGGAAGGGCAAGAGGGAGGCGGGGGCGGGGCCAGUGCAGGUGUCCCUCCCCUGUCACACCUCUUUGUGGGGCGGAAGAGGCAGCACGGGUCCGAGAUAGGAGACUGGUGCCAGGAGCUCAUGAGAAUGAAGAGGCUGAGGGUGGAGAGCGCCAUGAGUGGGGCAGGAGAGAGGGGCGAGCGAGAGGGGGAGCACGGGAGGGGGGACAGGAGGGCUGGCGCACAGGGCCGGAGGGGGAGCAGGGAAGGGAGGCAGCGAGCCCGGCAGGAGCUGAAGGUGAAGCUCCUGGAGACCAGGGGGAAGCUGCUGGAACUGCAGGAGAAGGUGCGGCGGGCGUAUGGGGAGCGAUGGGGGGAGGCGGAGCAGCCGAGGGGAGUUGGAGGAAGAGGAGGGAGCAGAGGAGGAGGAGAGGGCGGAGGGACAGAUAGGGAUGAAGGAGCAGAGGUUUUCACGGAGGACGAGGAGGGGAACGGCCCUGACGGGGGCUGCUCGCGGAAGUCUCUCCCACACCAAACCCUUGACGGCCGUUACCAUAGAAAUAAAAAUAACCUCGGCAACAGGGUCAUUGAAGAGAGGGAGCCUGAUGGAGGAAGAGUUUGGCUGGGCUGCGGUUUAGUUAGGGGGGAAUGGGAGGUGGGAGGUGGCAUCGAGGGGCAGAAAUUUGUUCAGGCCCUUAAGCAAGAGCUGGGCAGUGCCGUAGCGAGAGUCAUCGAUCGCGUCGUUCACCUCUACGGCCAAAGGAGGCCUCCCUCCGUGGCCAGCCCUACCCCCAUGGAAGGGGCAGGACAGAAAGCGGGGGGGAAACCAAGGCCAAGUGCGGCGGCGCCCUCUCUGGAGCCGCAGGAAGUUGUGCCCUUGGUGGCGAAGACCCCACAGAGCAAGAAACCACCGCAGAACCAGAGCACCCAGCAAACUCCCCAGCUCCCCCAAAUGAACCACGGCUUACCCCACCUGCCGCACUCACACCUUCCUGCCCUGCUGUCCACCCGUGCCAAAGACCCCUUCCUCCCCUCGUAUGCCCCUGGCCCCCCUCCCUUAAACCUCCCUCUCCUCCACUACACCAUGCAGCAUCUCUUUGCACGCUCCCUGUCUAACAUGCCCCUUCCUAAAGAUUGCCUUUCUCCCGAUGCCUUUCUGGAUUUUCGGCCCCACACACCUUCUUUCCCCUCGCUCCCUCUGCUGGGGCCCUUGGACCCCCCUCUCUCCUCAUCCGAGAGAGGGCGGGACGGGGGCAUGAGGGGCGUUCCCGGAGGUUCGUUGGGUGGAUAUGCGGAUGGAGGGGACUCCUCCCUCUACCUCCCUCCAGGAUCGUCUCAGGAGGGUCUGUCUCCCUGCCACUUAAAAAAAGCCAAGCUUAUGUUCUUCUACACACGCUAUCCCAGCUCCAACACCCUCAAAACCUACUUCCCGGACGUCAAGUUCAACCGCUGCAUCACCUCUCAGCUCAUCAAGUGGUUCAGCAACUUCAGAGAGUUCUUCUACAUCCAGAUGGAGCGCUUCGCACGCCAGGCGGUCAGGGAGGGGGUCAUGGGCGGAGGCGAGGCGGCGCUGCGGCUACGCCGAGAUUCUGAGCUCUACCGCAUCCUCAACCUGCACUACAACAAGAGCAACGACUACCACGUCCCAGACAGGUUUGUGGAGAUAUCUGACCUGGCCCUGAGGGAGUUCUUCACUGCCAUCCAAGCAGGGCGUGACACUGACCCCUGCUGGAAGAAGUCCAUAUACAAGAUUAUCUGCAAGCUGGACAGCCCUGUGCCAGACUGCUUCCGUCUGCCAGGCUGCCCCACUGACACACAAAGCACAGGAUGAUGGCCUGAGCCUACAUACACACACACACACACGCACACACACACACACACACAAAGCACAGGAUGAUAGCCUGAGCCUACAUACACACACUUGCGCAUGCACACACACACACACACACGCACACACAUAGACAAAGCACAGGAUGAUAGCCUGAGCCUACAUACACACGCACACACACACACAAAGUACAGGAUGAUAGCCUGAACCUUUAUACACACACGUGUGUUCCCACGCCCACACACACACACAUACACACACAAACACAAAGCACAGGAUGAUAGCCUAAACCUCCGCAUAGACACACACAUGCGCACACGCACCCUCACACACUCUCUCACACACAAACACACAAAGCACAGGAUGAUAGGCUAAAACUCCACACAGACACACACAUAUGCACACGCACGCGCGCACACACACACACACACACAUGCAUGCACGGCUACUCAGCACAGCCUAAAACAAAGAGCAGACAGCUGGCAGUCCUACUACACAUUUCAGCAGCUGCACUGCAUAUAUGACGUCAUAUUCAAUGCACAAACAACAUGGUAUAACAUCAGGCAUUCAAGUGAACGCAGACUCAUACACAGGUCACAGAAGCAUGAACAUGUCUCGCUUGCAUUAAAAACCCAGAUUUUAUAUAAUGCAUUAUCAAAAGUAACAGUUUAUUUUUUCCAUUUAAAAUCUUAACUCAAAAUACUAAAGACCAUCGCAUUUUGCACAGAAAUUAAGAUGCAAAAAUUUGAACUGGCUUAAGGACAAUCUUUUGACCUCACCCUUCCACGUAUCCUGUUCAAUUCAGCUUGGUUAAGAUGAAAAUUAAGUGCAGUAAGUGAGCAACGUACUGUUACCUGACAUGCAUAACGUGACCCGACACUUGAUUUUUGAGCACUGUGUUUGUUUUUUUCCAUUAACUACCAAUUCUCUCAGUGUUAGCGCACAGGGCACGACUCACCAAUCACUUCGUCUCAUUUUUGGGAUAUUUCGGGAUGGAAUCCCAGAUGUGGCGCUGAAAGAUAUCCGCAAGCACAUGCAUGGGAUAUGUAGUUUAAUAUCAAUCAGGCUCCAUCUCAAGGGUCAAGCCUUCAAAUAAGUUUAUAAUAUAUAACAAUGUUUUGUUAAUUUUCAGAUUAAUAUAAUGCUAUGAAAACAGCUGGAACUCCAUACACAUAAUUGUCAAACAAUAAAUGUACAAGCUUUUAUGUACUGUACAGUACAGUGCAGCUUCCAUGUAGCUUGUGUUAUAAGACAUGUUUUUGUUGCUAGUAUUUGGCUGUUCUGCAUUUCCAUGCUUCGCUAAUAGACAUGCCCGUGACAGAAUGACUAUCGUUUCUAUAGUAUUACGCUACAUAUAAUCCCUUGGUAUUUUUCACAUGAAUGUGCUUUUUAUGCUUUUUUCCCCCCAAGUAUCAUUGACACAAAAAACUAAAUUGAGAACAAGUGAUAACCACUGACUUUUUGCCAUUUCUUGAGAACAAAAAAAUAUAUAUAUAAAUGUUAUGCCACAUGUGUCAAGAUAUAUUUCUCUAUUAAAAAUGUUGUGCCUGUUAAAUUUUUUCUGUGAAUUUUGAUGUAACUUAAAACUGUUUUAUCAAAAUACAGUUUGAGAUGCAGUCUU